ACAGUUUGCCAUCAGCAGUGUUGGAGCAGCACGGUGGCAGCAGCAGUGGACGGAACAUUACCGUCACGUAGGGGUUCCCCUUAUAUCAGCUGAGCGAGGGAACCCACCAUUAUCCUGAGAUCCAGGGGCCAGCGGCGGGAAACCCGUUAGUUUUAAACAAUGACACCUAAAUGUGUCGGCAGCCAGGAAAUAUUUAAAACAUUUUACAACCAUGAGUCAGCAGUUCUUCACAGUUCGCCGGUCUUGUUUUAGAAUAUUUUAGUUUGGUCCGUGCACCCCACCCCCGCGAACCACGGAACGUGGAUGCUUCCUAAAAUGGCGGCGGUUUCUGUCAGAGUGGAGUGAAACUUUCCUAUUUUUAGCCAGAAAAACACAAUUUUUAAACACAUUUCAUCGCCUGCAGCCGUCUGAAUAUUACAGUAAGCGUCGUGGGAACACGGAGACGUUCGGCACCGCUCGUCAGGACCGUGUGGACUCUUUUAGGGCUCCGUUUUCGCUCGCCAAAUCGCGGGGCUUCCCUCGAAGUUGACGGCGGCGGAGUGCCUGACAUUGCGAGCAUACCGACCGUUGCUGUCACCGUCACACCGCCGGACGCGGAACCGGGAGCCGAGAGUGUGGACGUCGGUCGCGAAAAGCUAGCUAGCUCACCGACCGGAGAGCGUCGAAACCGACUCCACCGCCCCCCCCCACCCCCGUUAAGCUGGACACCGACCGUGGGCAGGUCGGAGCAGCCGAAGACGUGUCGCGUCACCUGUCAGCUGAAAUCCAGAGGUGGUGUUGGAUGUCACCGCCAGUCACUGUCAGGCUGAGUUUGGUUUGCUAGCGUCAUCCACAUCUGUCAGAUUUCACGCGCACGGCGGUCAUUUCAUAAGGAGGGUGGCAGCAGGUGACACGGUUUGCUUCGUGUGUUGUUGUCCAUCUGGCAAAUCAAAUGGAGAAGCUCCAGGACUUGAGCCAAUCAGAGCUCCAGGAGCUCCUGGACAACCCGGAGAGGGUGGAGUCUAUGGCUCUGGAGUCUGACGAGAUCCAGAACAUUCAGCUGGAGAGGGAGAUGGCGCUGGCAUCAAACCGCAGCCUGGCUGAGCAGAACCUGGACAUGAAGCCUCGUCUGGAGUCACAGAAGGAGGUGCUGGUGGAGAGAUACUCUCAGCUGGAGGCUGUCAGAGAAACCUACAGACAACACUGCUCCCUGAGAGAUGGCAUGGUGGGUCAGGUGUCUCCAGAAGCCUUGUUCUCCAGACUACAGACAGAAGGCAGCAAAACAGAGUCAGAGUCAGAGGCUAUAGCUGAUGACUUUCUGGAGGGUUCACUGCCACUGGACUCCUUCCUCGACCGCUUCCUCUCCCUGCGCUCCCUCGCUCACAAAAGACGAGUGCGGAUAGAGAAACUCCAGGAGAUUCUGAGACAGAGGAGUGAGGGCAAUCCCACUGCCAUGACAUCAUCAGCAGGCAUCAGCCAGGACCCCGCUGCCACAGCCUCACCGUGGAAUCCACAGACAACGACAGCAACGACGACAAAUCAGCAGCAGCCGAACUCCAAACCUCAUUCCUCCAGCUACCAGAAUGCCUCGCAGCCGGCCUCCUCGUCUGUAGGGGGCUCCUCCGGCCUCCCCUACAGCCCGUACCCUGUCACCCCCCCAAACCCUCCCUCUGCUGCAGCAGCAGGCUCCGGCCCGAUCAACCCCUCCUCGCAGUUCCCUCCCUACCCAGGAUCCGGUGCACCUUUCAGCCCGGGAGGGAGCUACUCUGGGCCCAGGCCGGCUUUCGGGCCUCCAGCUUCAGCUGCCUGCCCUUACCCGACCCAGUCCUCGUUCCCUGCCCCUCACCCAGGCUCAGCGUUCGGUCAGUACACCCCCAGCCACCCCCAGAGCGGCCCCGCGCCCUACCCGGCCUCCUACAGCUACGGUGGAUACAGCUACCCGGCCGGGCCUGCCUAUUCCAAUUCUCAGUCGCCAACUGGGAGACCGAUCUACAGACCAGGAUAUGGAGUUCCACAGCCCUACUCCUGAAAGCACUACUGCUCCUCUGUCUGAAUUCUUCUUCUCAAUUCUUCCCCUCUUUGCUGUCUCACCCUUUCCUCCCCCUCCUUCCCUGAACUCCAGUCUCUCUCCCCUGAUCCCCUCUCCUCCCCUCCCCUCGUCUUUUUACCUUUUCUACACUCCUCCUCCUCUCUCCCAUGCUCCCAGAUUCAAGAGGUCUCUUGCUUUACUUCUCUUCGUUGCACUAUUUCUCUCUUUCUGUAAUUAUACUCUCCCUUUCCCCUUUCUCUGUCACCCUACAGCCCACUAGUCUCAGGUUGUUGCGUUGUGUUUAAGUGUUAAAACACUUGUACCUUCAUACGCUCGCUGUCCUCCCUCCUCCUCUUCCAUUUUAAGUGUGUGUGUUGCUAUUUGGCAAUCAGAAAGUCCUUACAAACACACAAGUGCACUCCCCCUUAUGACGUGAAAGAAAUCUGUGUUUGUAACACUACGCCGCUGUCCAGUAGCUGUCUGAUCCACGUGAUUAUCCCUGAGCACAUUGUGCAAACUUUCACUGACAAACUAAUAAUUCAAGUGAGAGGCGGACGGCUGUCACAGAAUCUGGCUCUCGCGUUCAGAUGCAGCGUUUUGAAGGAAGUGUGUUCUUGGCUGUAGCUGCCUGCUCCCUUAGCUCUUCCAGAUCUACUCCAAUAAAUAAAUAAAUGUGGCUCGUGCGUCUUAUUAUGGCCAGUAGCUGUAGACAGUGGGCAGAAACUUCACCAGUAACUCCAGAAAGCAGUCCACCGCUGAGUUUCUUUAACCAAAGAACAUGUUAACGUUCACGCUCACAGGGCUGCUUGGUGAGGUGCCGUAGCUGAGGAACAGCUGGGAGCUUCUUUUCUAUUCUCUCAGUGCUGGUUUGCUCCUGCUGGUGUCUCGCUCUCAGGAUUGUUAAUCAUUUGCAGGAGAGACGUUAACAGCUACUGUAAAAGUCUCUCAAUAAGCCACAUAUCAGCCCAGGGCCAGGACUACACAGGCUCUGAGCGAGCAAAUGAUUAGAGAGUGCCACGCUUUGGAAAUGACAUGAAGGCUAUUUUAGUCUGCACAGUGCAGUUUUCCACAUCAGAGUCAGAAAUAAGACACACAAUUUCUCCAAAAUAGUUUAAAGCUGCUGCACUGUUCAUCUACUCAUCCAUCCAUCCAAAACUCAGUUUGUUCUUUGGCCACUUGGGGGCAGUGUAAAGCUUGUUCCCCUUUAAAUUACACUGAAAUACUGUGACCCAUGAAGCCCAUGUGGCGAUCGCGUUAGCACACAGUUGUUUUCACUUGUUGGCAGUCUCUGUUAGCAUAUCUUACAUCUGUAGUUUAAUGAUGUAUCUUAUCCCACAACACAAAAAAUUCCAAAUAUUUAGUGAGACAGGGCGAGAGGAAGCGGGGGGGGGGGUUACGUGACAAGGUUUGUAAAGACUGAAGAGGACGUGCCGCUGUGGACGGCAGAUGUUUGCUACAACACAUACAGCUAAUGCAGAUCGUCCACCUGUCCGACAAAUAUGGACACCACCACACCAACUCCAUAUCACUUUUUCAAAGUCUGAAUUUGGGUUGCCAAAUUUUUUUAGGUGGCUCUGGGGGGACGCCAGGCAGGUUUGUCUCUUUAAUUAAAAAAAAUCAAGUUUAGAUCAAGUCACAUGAAGCCGUGUUCUGUGGGCCAGAGGUGACUGUCACUUUGUUGGAGGCGCCGUCGUUCAAAGUAUCAAGACAGAACCUGUCAGGUUCCACUUGUUUGUUCCCACUUUGUCUGUAUCCUCCUCACUCCUCUGUCCUCACCUCCUCUCCAUCACUCUCCUCCUCUUCCUCCUCCUCUUCUCCACAUCUGCUCGUUGAACAUGAACUGAUGCUUGACAAUGAUUACCAAGAAGAAAAUAGUUUUAUUUCUAUAAGUUCACACUAUCAGUGAGAGUACAUAUGGUCUGUACAGUCUAACGGAGUGAAAAUAUUCAGGUUGGCCGUCAGCUUUGAUCAGUUGAAUCAUUUCAAAUAUCACCGAGUGCAGCAGAGGUCGCUGAUGAAGGAUCGUCAUCUCUAAAGUUUAACCAUCAAACUGAAGUUAUGUAACGUUUCAUCAAACUGAUCGUGUGACCUCCUCACAGAGCACUUUAUUAGUCUUCAGUGUAAACUCCUGAGCUGCAUCUUGAAGUGAUUGAAUUGAAUCCAGACUGAUCCCAGCCUCUAAAAUACUGUACUGCUAUUAUACAUUAUGCUCAGCACUGAAGAGAGCACGAGCGCGUACCUGAUUGGUUAGAUCGUAGUUUGAAAAGAAGACAGUCCGAAGGUUUGAUGCUGAACAGUGACGGUGUGACUGACACCUUCUAUCAGUCCACACGGCACGGAAUCUUUGAUCGGUGAUUGGCGACUUCCUCACCGUGGUCUAUUCUUGAAUUGUUCUUUCUAACCUGGAUUUGAGUUUCCUGGUUUCAGCUGUCGGUUCUCACCUUCUUCCUCUGAUUGGUCGACGACCUGUCAGUCUGUUCCUCACUGUAAAAUCUCUAACAAUAAAAAAGGUCUUUUUAGAUUUGAACAGCUCCAGCUCCGCCAUGCUUCAACAACAUGCAAGUGUGUUUAAACAUACUCGUGGCAGCUGCAGCUGGAUUUGUAGAUGGCAGUGGGCAUCUACAAUCUCCACCCUGUGUUACCUGAAGGUGCUCUCCAUCACAGGCCUGCACUGCUUGUGUUCACAUGCCCUCUGCUGUAGCAAGUCACAUGUAGUGCUCUCUACUGAGGCGCCUUCAUAAAGAAUUAUCAGCAGUAACUAAAGGAUUACAAUGGGUGAUAAAUGAUAUACUAAUCUCUUUAUUAGCGGAGUUUGGAAGAUGUUUAGAUUGGAAUCUAAACAAGUCUGAUCCACAAACUGACUCAUGAUCCGUCAACUCUGAUUACAUUUUCAAAGUUGGGAUGAGCCACGAUUAAAUCAUUUGAUCCUCGAUGGCGAGACAUCCACAUCCUGUCAGCUCAUCAAACGGCUCAUGUGAGCUAAACCACAAUCUGACCGAGCCCGCCUGCUCUCAUCCAGCACCGACCCUCUUUUAAUGUCUCACCUUGUGGACCAAAUAUCAUUAACGAGCCACUCAUUAACGUGUUUAGCUGCAGAGCUGAAGGCUCUCACAAAGUGACAAAGCCCUGGACGUGAAUUAAAUAUGGAACCAGCCACAGUGUGUUUAUCUGUUCUAAAUAAUGUUUGAACAUUAGUGGAUAAUGUUAAUGAACCAUUCAUAAGCCUUUAGUUCCAGCUGAUAUGAACGGCCGCCCUGCUAGAUGGUGUUCACACACACACACAGAUCACAGAGCAGCGUGUGUGUGUGUGUAUGUGUGUGUCAGAUCCACUUCAGAUGAAGAUAGUGAAACAGCAUGACGAGCUUUAAGUAUUGACGUUAGGACAUGAAUGGUGGUGGGUGGGUUUGUAUGAGCAGACAAAGGACAGUAAUAAUAGUAUUACAGUGUUUUAGAUGAAGCACAAGGGAAAUGUUCUAAUAUAGUCUAGCAUUAAUAUUACAGAGGGAAAUAAGAGUCAGAUGGAUUUAUCUGUUCUUCUGAUGCUGAUGAAUUCUAACGAUGAUAAUGAUGACUGUGGAUCGUUAAAGAGCCUUUUUUUGUUUUGUUUCUGUCUCUUUUUUGGGGUUGUGAAUAAUUAAACAGAAGUUGAUCUAAAU